GGCGGCGCUUCAGGAUUGCGUGGCCUUUUAAAACGGGAAGGUGUAAAGUUCGGUAACGUUACUCAGCACUAUUCUCCUUGCCGAAUUUCAACCACUGUCUGGUUGCCGGAACCAUGGCAUACCUUGGCAAACUUUUCAAGUACAUCGAUGACAACCAAGAUCUGUACAUAAAACGUCUCGUAGAUUGGGUGGCCAUUCAGAGCAUCUCAGCAUGGCCAGAAAAGAGAGAUGAAACCCGAAGAAUGGUGGAAUUUGUGGGCAAAGAGAUAGAGAAACUGGGGGGAUCUGUGGAGCUGGCUGAUAUCGGGCAACAAACGCUGCCUGAUGGAUCAAAAAUCCCUCUUCCUCCUGUCCUGUUGGCUACACUAGGCAAUGACCCAAAAAAGAAGACUGUAUGUAUCUAUGGUCACCUGGACGUUCAACCUGCACAAGUUGAGGAUGGAUGGGACACUGAACCCUUCACUCUGGUUGAGAAGGAUGGAAAACUAUAUGGCAGAGGAUCCACAGAUGACAAAGGACCAGUGUUGGCAUGCCUAAACUGUAUUGAAGCUCUUCAAAAAUUAAAGCAGGAAAUCCCUGUCAAUAUCAAGUUCUGCUUUGAAGGAAUGGAAGAAUCUGGCUCAGAGGGUUGUGAUGACCUAGUGUAUGCCCGCAAAGACACCUUUCUCAAGGGUGUGGAUUUUGUGUGUAUUUCUGACAAUUAUUGGCUCGGCAAGAAAAAACCCUGUAUAACAUAUGGUCUCCGAGGCAUUAGCUUUUUCUUUGUGGAGGUUGAAUGCUGUAACAAAGAUCUGCACUCUGGUGUCUUUGGUGGUACUGUGCACGAAGCCAUGACGGACUUGAUAUAUUUAAUGGGCAAAUUAGUGGAUAGAAAAGGAAAAAUUCUCAUUCCUGGCAUUGAAGAAUCAGUGGCACCACUCACUGGGGAGGAAAAGGCAUUGUAUGAGAAAAUAGACUUUGAUGUGGAAGAAUAUUGCAAAGCUUCAGGUGGCUGCCACCUGCUGCAUGCCACUAAGGAACAAAUUCUGAUGCAUAGAUGGAGAUAUCCAUCCUUGUCUUUACAUGGCAUUGAGGGAGCUUUUGCUGGUUCAGGACGUAAAACUGUAAUUCCUAGGAAAGUUAUUGGAAAGUUUUCCAUUCGAUUGGUGCCUAAUAUGGAUCCAGUGGUAGUAGAGCAACAGGUUGUAGAUUACAUCAAGAGGAUUUUUGCUGAAUAUGGAAGUCCCAACAAACUGAAGGUCUACAUGACUCAUGGUGCAAAGGCCUGGCUGGCAGACUAUAACCAUCCUCACUUCAAAGCUGGCAGAAAUGCAAUGAAAACAGUAUUUGGAGUUGAACCUGAUAUGACCAGAGAAGGGGGGAGUAUUCCAGUUACCUUGACACUCCAGGAGGCUACAGGAAAAAGUGUUCUGUUACUGCCAAUUGGAGCUGCAGAUGAUGGGGCUCAUUCACAAAAUGAGAAAAUCGACCGGAUCAACUACAUUCAGGGAAUCAAGGUGUUUGGUGCUUACUUCCAUGAACUUUCUUCUUUGAAAUGAGACCUACUGGCUUGAUAGAAUUGCUGAAACGAUUUCUAAAAUCUAGACCUAAUUACUUUACUUUAAUUCUACACUAUACGUAGACAUUAUUACUGAAUGUGUUUAUUGAUACAAAUUACAACACUCUGCAACAAAAGUGUAAAUAUUUAAGUUUAUGGACUUUUUUUUCAGAAUGUAACUAAUAAGGUCAGUUUUGAUUCAAAAAUAUCUUGAUCUGUUCAGACAUGUUAUUACAUCUCUCUGAAGUGGGUAGGACUUGAACCCAAGCAUCUUGUCCCACAGAUAGGGAUACUGCAAUUUCCCCAUAAAAGCCGCUCUAUCAAGAUAGCCACUUUGCAUGAAACUAGGAGUCAUAGCCAAAUUUCUGUUUCGCUUCAGUGGCUUGCUUUAACUAGACUGAAUUAUAAACUGGAAUUUAACGCAACAGACCAGCCACUAUCAACCUGAAGCCAACAUUUUCAACCAUCACCUGCCAUAUAUGAUCAAUUUAAGGGUGAGCCAGGAGAUGUUGUACACCUAGAUUUCCAAAGGCAUUUAAUAAGGUGUCACACUAAAGCUUAAUGGACAAAAUGAGUUGUGGUGAUUGUUAUCGUGAAAAGAGCUAAUGAACAGAAAGCUUGAACUAAAUAGUAUGUUUUCUCAUUGAUAUGGAACAAAUAACAGAGUGCUGCAAGGGCCACAGACUAUAAGUUGAGGUUGAAAUGAUUAUCCUUUAUCAUCAUGUACAUUCACAAUAAAACACAGUGAAAAACAAGCACUAUCACUCAUACAUAAGCACCAUUCGUAGAAUAAAAUAAAUAAAGCAGCGCGGUGGCUCACUGGUUAGCACUGCACCCUCACAGCUCCAGGGACCUGGGUUCGAUUUCGCUCUCUGGUAACUGUCUGUGUGGAGUUUACACAUUCUGCCCGUGUCUGCGUGGGUUUCUUCCCCACAGUCCAAAGAUGUGCAGGCUAGGUGGAUUGGCCAUGAUAAAUUGCCCGUAGUGUUCAGGGGUGUGUGGGUUAUGGGGGGGAUGGGUCUGGGUGGGAUGCUGCAAUGGGCGGUGUGGACUUGUUGGGCCGAAGGGCCUGUUUCCACACUGUAGGGAAUCGAAUCUAAUCAUAACUUCGAGAAUCCAACUUUCCUUCUUCGCUGCUAUACCAACACCAGAGUCCUGCUCCAGGCUACAACAGUUUGAGCCGCACUGCUUUUGGGGGCCUACUCCACGUGGAAAACAAGAGCCUCCCACCUCCAGGCCCCUCAGGCCAACCAACUCAGCCAUUGUCUCUAAAAAUGCUAGAAGAUUCUAGAAGAAUUCUUGAAGAAACCUCCCAUCAAACAUCGCUCUCUCUCUGUCAGCUGUUGCUCUGAGUAUGCAGCUCCUCCACUGCGCUGGGACAUAGACAUAGAACAUUACAGCACAGUACAGGCCCUUCGGCCCUCUAUGUUGUGCCGACCUGUCAUACCGAUCUCAAGCCCAUCUAACCUACACUAUUCCGUGUACGUCCAUAUACUUAUCCAAUGACGCCUUAAAUGUACCUAAAAUUGGCGAAUCUACUACUGUUGCAGGCAAAGCGUUCCAUUCCCUUACUAUUCUGAGUAAAGAAACUACCUCUGACAUCUGUCCUAUAUCUUUUACCCCUCAAUUUAAAGCUAUGCCCCCUCGUGCUUGCCGUCACCAUCCUAGGAAAAAGGCUCUCCCUAUCCACCCUAUUGAACCCUCAUUAUUUUAUAUGUUUCAAUUAAGUCACCUCUCAACCUUCUUCUCUCUAAUGAAAACAGCCUCAAGUCCCUCAGCCUUUCCUCGUAAGACCUUCCCUCCAUACCAGGCAACAUCCUAGUAAAUCUCCUCUGCACCCUUUCCAAAGCCUCCACAUCCUUCUUAUAAUGCCGUGACCAGAACCGCACACAGUACUCCAAGUGCGGCCGCACCAAAGUUUUGUACAGCUUCACCAUAACCUCUUGGUUCCGGAAUUCGAUCCCUCUAUUAAUAAAAGCUAAAACACUAUGACUUCUUAACAGCCCUGUCAACCUGGGUGGCAACUUUCAAGGAUCUGUGUACAUAGACGCCGAGAUCUCUCUGCUCAUCUACACUACUAAGAAUCUUACCAUUAGCCCUGUAGUCUCCUUGGCCCCUUCAGGGUACAUGUUCAUUAGGUACAUGUUCUGACCCACGUCUCUCCGGCCCACACACUCCACAUCCACUGCAGGACAUAGCCCCUCGUGCUCAGCUUCCGCCUGGUCACUAGAGGUGACUUCCUUCUUCAGACUAGAGUUAAAAAUAGUUGAGGGGGGAAAUACUGCCAGUGGAAGAGGGAGAGAGAAAGAAAAGGGGAAAGGGAAAGGAACUGGUCAGCAGAGGAGCGCCACAUGGAGUAUCUUGCCCUUUUGCUUAUCCUGUUCUAUGAUAGGAGGCUGAGUAAAUUAGGUCUAUACCCUCUAAUAUUUAUAGGAAUGACAGCAAUCUCAUUCAAACAUUCAAACUUCUUAAGGGACUUCACAUGAAGAUCCUUUUGAUCAGGGGAAUCUAAAACACCUGAUAUCACCUCAGGAUAAGGAACUGAUCAUUUAGGAUUAAGUGAAGAAGUUUUUCCUCAACUUAGAGUUAAGAAUCCAUGGAAUUCUCUACUGCAGAGGUUGUGGAGUCCACAUGGCAAAUUUAUGUAAGGCUGGGAUUGUUAGCAAAGGAUAUGGGAUCUUAGUCUUGUAAAGGUAUUGACUGUAAAUGCAGGGAAGUCAUGUUGAACAAUAGAAGCUCCGUUAAGUUGUAACUGGAACAUUGCAUCCAGUUCUGGUCACUAAAUGUCUGCUGAAGUGCAUCACCAUACACACUUAAAUUCAGUCUGCCAGUUGUCUGCCUGUUUUCUGAGCCUGAGUCCAGUUUUUAUUGAAUAGUAUUUUCCUUACUGUUAAGAAUCCUAGUUUGGUGUCAUUAGUAAAUACUAAAAUUUUUCUCAAUAUAUUAAUUCCAACAUGUAUAGGCCAAAUCUUCCAAGAAGUGGCAAUCAUGCACCUUUUAACCUUAACCAUUUUUACAUACUCUGUCCCAGAGCUCUGUUACUGGCCUGGACUUCCAAUUCUAUCCUCUUCACAAACAUUGAGUCGACCUGAUCUGAAAAGCCUUAAGGGUCUUGAGGGAGUGUGGCUGAACAAAAAGACCUCAGGAUACAAGUUCAUACUUUGUGAACGGUGGAGUCACAGGUAGACAGGGUAGUGAAGAAAGUAUUUGGUACAGUUGCCUUUAUUGGUCAGUGCAUUGGGUAUGGAGUUGGGAUAUCGUGUGGUUGUGUAGAACAUUGGUGAGGCCACUUUUGGAAUACUGCAUUCAAUUUUGGUCUCCUUGUUAUAGGAUAGAUGUUGUUAAACUUGGAAGGGUGCAUAAAAGAUUUACAAGGAGGUUGACAGGGUUGGAGGGUUUGAGCCAUAGGGGGAGGCUGAAUAGGUUGGGGCUAUUUUUUCUGGAACAUCUGAGGCUGAGGAGUGACCGUAUAGAGGCUUUUAAAAUCAUGAGGGGUGUGGAUAGGGUGAAUAGGCAACAUUUGUCUCCCAGUGUAGGGGAGUCCAAAACUAGAGGGCAUUGGUUUAAAAUGAAAGAGGAACGAUAUAAAAGGACCUAAGGGACAACCAUUUCAUGCAGAGGGUGGUGUGAGUAUGGAAUGAGAUGCAAGGGAAAGUGAAGGAGACUGGUACAAUUUCAACACCAAAAAGGCAUCAGGAUAUGUAAAAAAAAUAGGAAGGGUUUAGAGGGAUAUGAGCCAAAUGUUGGCAAAUAGGGCUAGAUUUAUUUAGGAUAGCUGGCUGGCAUGGACAAUUUGGAAACAAAGGGUCUGUUUCUGUACUGUACAGCUUCUACUCUAUACAACACAGAAUCACUGCUGGAAGCUCACAUCCCCUUGCCCCAACCUCCCUUUUACAGUAAUCCAUGCUGCAUUCACGAUUUAAAGGCAUUUUCACGAGGAGAAAAGAAACUAUGCAAGGUAAGGGGGUCGGGGAAUAUUAUUGUUGGAGAGGAUUAAGCUAAACUUAAGAUAUUGGUAAGAUAUUUAUAAACAGAUUAAAGAUUUUGGUCAAGACAUACAGGUGUGACUGCAGAGCAUGCAGAAGACAUUUCAAAGAAUAAUCUCAGUGACGAGGGAUUUCAGUUAUGAAGUUGGAUUGGAGAAGGUGGAGCUGUCUUCCUUGAAGAAGACAAUGCUGAGGGGAGGUCUAGUUGAAAUAUUCAAAAUCAUGAGAGGUCUGGAAGGAGCAAAGGAGAGAAAAUAUUCCCAUUCAUGAAAAGAUGAAGAAUGAGGGGUCACAGAUUUGGAGAAAUUGUCAAAAGGAGCAACGGCAACAUAAAGAAAGAUAUUCUUACACAGUGAGUGGCUCAAGUCUGGAAUGGACUGCCUGAGAAUUUGGUGGGGUCAGGCUCAAUCAAGGCAUUUAAAAGGGAAUUAGUCAUCUAGAAUGAAUGUGCAGGGAAAUGGGGAGUUGACAAGGCAGUGACAAUAGGCAAUAUGCCCAUUUAGAGAGCCUACACAGACAUAGUGGGCUGAAUUAUCGCCUCUUUCAUUGUAACAAUUCUAACAUUCAGAGAUGAUUUACAAACAGUGAAUAGUAAUGGCCUGGAAUUUGCUGCUGUGAUGGGAGUGGGGGCAGAACUGAUGAAUGAUUUCAAACAGAAAAUGGAAGAACACUAAAUAGAAACAACAAAGGCAGGAAAUGGGAUUGAGUGAUCUCCCUGUAAGCUAAUGACUCCAGAUUCUUGUGUCCACCCAUGCCAAUAUCUUACCUACGUCCUCCUGGGUUCUAAGACAACCCUUUUUCAUAAUAGUCCCAAGUUUAAUGUACCCUGCAUAUGCAUUGUGGAAUUGUACUGUAAACAUCUGAUUUUAGAUCUUUGAUAUAAAUUAUCGCUGAAGUAACAGA